UUGGCAGGUCGAUGCAAAAAACCCAAUCCCUGCUUUCAUAAUGACACCAGGAUCGCAAAGUUAAACUCUGGACAGCCUUGCUGUUACCAGGAUGGGCUGAUAAAUCUUCAAGCACAAUUAAAAUUUCACCUUUUGAGGAUGACUGGCCCCUGCGAGUAGAUGCAGCAUGCCUCACUGCGUUCUGCAGAAAACGGGACGCCACGUCAGGCUAUUUACAGAUAAUGCUGAGCAAGAGAAAGUUCCCACAGCUGAAAUGACACGAAGAGAGCGACCCGUUCGCCUGCAAAGCACCUCUGAUUAAUGCAACCUGCAACAAAAAUGGAAACGAUGGAAAUAAUGGAUCCAGAGAGCCAGAUGACAGCACUGUUGGACGACACGCUGGCAGAAGAACAGCUAAACGAUGAGCUGGAGGAUCUGAGCAACAGUUUAAGAGAGGUGGUCCAGGAUGGUGCGGUCAAGCCGAAGCUCCACUGCCUGAUGAUGGAUCCGUCCUUCUCGAUGGUGACGGUCCAGAGCGAGGACAGCGGGAUCGUUUGGGAAACCGCUUCCAGCCGCUGCUCCACACCCUGGGCCUCAGAGUUCAACUCGCUGGCCUCCGAACCCGGAUAUAGCUGCUGCGGCUCCGGAGCGGCCGGCAGGAUCGUCUUCAUUAUGGACGAAGAACUGAUGAGCCGAAGAAAGAGGAAGCCAAAGUCUGAGAAAUCUAAGACGCUUCCUCAGGUCAGCCACGAGAUCCUCGCUGAAGCAGAGAGACCAGCCAUGGUGGAAGUGUCUCUGCCGAAUGUGACACGGGAAGAAGGAACAGACGAACACAAAACAGCUGAUCUGAGAGAAGAAAAGCAUCAGCGUUUGUUCAGUCUCGUCUCUGAAGGAUCUGAGAUACUGAACAUCAUCGCUCUGCCGAGAGUCUCCACCGUGGAUGAAGAGGAGAGCAAAGGUCUGGAAGAUAACUUGUAUUACCUCGAGGAGACGCCUGCUGUGAAAUCCGCAGAGAUCCCGGACGAACCUGAGCUGGACUUUGAGACUGUAGAGAUGGAGAAGAGCGUUUUAUUGAUACCAGAGCCUGUUGUCCCGUCUAUCCAAAUAUCCCGAGGAGGACAGACGACCGAGGACUACUUUGAGAAGUUCACGCUCCUUGACCAUCAAGCUCCAUCAGGAGCAGCACCAGUUGAAGAAGCCCAACGGGAGACAGAGGACAAGGUCACAGAAGAAGAUGGUCCUGAAGCAGAACCAGGACCUGGACUUUCUGGAGUCUCCUCAGCUGUGAGUAUGCUAGACAUUUCUGGCGAACACUUGGACGAUGUGUUUUACGGCGGAGGGAGCGAGCCACCUACUGCUGCAAGUGUUAGUGAAAAGGAAAGAGAGCUUUCCAGAUCCUCUCUGAAGGAAAGCGGAAGCGCCUUGUUUGGAAGCGAGGAGUCGGUUCUCACUCCCAUAUACCUUCCCGAAGGUCCUCCGAAAAUCAUCGACCCCAAUUUGCUCGAGGAGCCCAAAGCCUUGGCGUUUCUCUACUCAGACCUGUACGCAGACGCCGUCGGUACCAGAAAGAAGCAGGACGAUGACAUCGAGAGCGUGACCUCCGAGAAAUCCUUCCACAGUCAAGCGUCUGACUCUGAGGACAGAGGCUAUCUGGAGAAGUUUGUGCUCAAGGCUGAGACUCUGGCUGACGUUGUUCCUGAGACAAGCCCAGAGGAACGGCAUGAUCCUUUCAGACCCGCCGGGUACGUGGCACACCACAAAGAAGAAGUGGACAAUCAGAACCUGAUGCGGAGUCCGGAUCCGGAUCGGAUUCAGUUCCGCCGUCUUCACGUCACAUGA